AUGAUCGGAGGCCGAGGCAAGGCUGGCUUGAUCGCCGUGAACAAGAGCUUUGAAGAGGUGAAGGCUUGGAUCAACGAACGCAUGUGCAAGGAUACCACCGUGGCGGGCAUCACUGGGCAACUCACUCACUUCCUCAUCGAGCCCUUUGUACCUCACGAGCAGUCGGAGGAGUUUUAUGUGUGCAUCCAGUCCCACAGGUACAAGGAUGAGAUUUUCUUCUACCAUGAGGGCGGCGUUGAUGUGGGCGAUGUGGACUCCAAAGCCUCCAAGUUGGCCAUUCCCACGGGAUGUGAGAUCUCGGAAGAGAUGAUCCGGCUCGAGCUCCUAGGGGAAGUCACGGCAGAGAAGCAGAAGACCUUGGCAAGCUUCAUCAAGGCAUUGUUCACCUUCUACAAGGAGUUGCACUUUGCAUACUUGGAAAUCAAUCCGAUUGCCAUGUUGCCAGACAACAAGAUCGUGCCAUUGGACCUUGUCGCAAAGAUCGACGAGACAGCCUCUUUUUUGUGUGCGCCAAAGUGGGGCGAGCUGGACUGGCCAUCCCCAUUUGGGCGUGCCGCAUAUCCAGAAGAGGCGUUGAUCCGCGAUUUGGAUGGGAAGACGGGCGCCUCCUUGAAACUCACCGUCUUGAACGACAAGGGCCGCGUCUGGACCAUGGUCGCCGGCGGGGGCGCCUCCGUGGUUUACUCCGACACCGUCGCGGACUAUGGCUGGGGCAGUGAAUUGGCCAACUACGGCGAGUACUCCGGUGCUCCCAGCACCGAGGAGACCUUCACCUAUGCCAAGACCAUUCUGUCCCUGAUGUGCAGAUACAAACAUCCUGAUGGCAAGUUCCUCAUCAUUGGCGGAGGCAUUGCAAACUUCACUGAUGUGGCUGCCACCUUCACUGGCUUGAUCAAGGCUUUGGACAUGUUCGCUGAGCAAAUCAAGGAACACAAGAUUCACAUUUGGUGCCGCCGAGCAGGGCCCAAUUACUUGGAGGGCCUGAAGAAGCUCAAGGUGGCCAGUCAGAAGCUGGGCCUAGGCGUGAAGGUUUAUGGACCCGAGACCCACAUCACGGCCGUGGUGCCCAUGGCGCUGGGUCUGAAGGAGGCUUUGCCUGAGCCAGACCUCAACGCAGGUCCAGCACCCCCACCAACGCGCAAGAAGAUCCAGGUGUUCGUCGUUCGGUGCCCCGGCAUUGCCUGGCCGCUCCUAGGCAACCAACAUACCAUCGUCACGGCCACACCCCAAACCAGGGCCAUCGUCUAUGGCCUACAGAACCGUGCCGUCCAGGGGAUGUUGGACUUUGACCACAUGUGCAAGCGCAAGAUGCCUUCGGUCUGUGCCAUGGUCUUUCCCUUCAGCGGCAACCACUACGUGAAGUUCUACUGGGGUACGGAGGAGAUCCUGGUUCCGGUCUAUACCACCACCAAAGAGGCUUGUCAGAAGCAUCCGGAUGCCAUCACGUUCAUCAAUUUUGCCUCCUUUCGCUCGGUCUAUGAAACGACGAUGGGCGUGCCUGAGCAGCAGACGCGAUUGUUGAUCAAGGAAGCCGAAAAGAAGGAAGUGGGGAUGAUCGGCCCUGCCACCGUCGGAGGCAUCAAGCCUGGCUGCAUUCGCAUCGGCAACACAGGAGGCAUGCUGGACAAUGUGGUCAUGUCACGGCUCUAUCGUCCGGGCUCUGUGGCCUAUGUCUCCAAGUCCGGCGGCAUGUCCAAUGAACUGAACAACAUCAUUUGCCGCAACUCCAAUGGAGUGUACGAAGGAGUUGCCAUUGGUGGUGACAGGUACCCUGGAAGCCGCUUCAUCGAUCACCUUUUGCGCUACCAGGACGAUCCAGGUGCGAAGAUUCUUGUUCUCCUUGGAGAGGUCGGAGGCGGAGAUGAGUACGACGUCAUCGACGCCGUGAAGUCUGGCCGCAUCACCAAGCCCGUGAUUGCUUGGUGCGUGGGCACUUGCGCGUCUUGUUUUUCGACUGAAGUGCAAUUCGGUCAUGCGGGGGCACAGGCUCGAGGCAAAGCGGAGACGGCCAUGGCCAAGAAUGCCGCCAUGAAGGAAGCUGGAAUCAUCGUGCCUGACUCCUUUGACAAGCUGCCAGAAGCCCUCGACAACCUGUACACACAGAUGGUGGAAGACGGGCUGAUCGUCGAGGACGCCCGCGCAGUGCCCGUGGACUACACCUGGGCCAAAAAGCUGGGUAUGGUGAGGAAACCUGCCAACUUUAUUUCCUCUAUCUCCGAUGAUCGAGGGGAGGGCAUCGCUACGAACGUAGCAAGGAUGUCAUUUGAGCGGGCGGACUCAGGUCACUGCAGAUCACGGACCAGCCGUCAGUGGAGCUCAUAA